UGGACCAGCUGCACACAUGUAGUUUAUUUUUAAUCACAAUUGUUUCCGGACUGAAAAGUUGUUGCGUCGUGCAGCAUGCAACCGGAGGCUGAGCCAAGCAGCAAUGCUAAGAAUACACGGGCAGAUCCAGAUGGCCCUAGCUCCAGCAAAUGCUGCACUGUUUGUGGCAGCGCCAAGGGUUUACCCUCGCUCUUGGAUUUGUCGACUAACAAAGUAAUGCGCCGGCGACUAAACAAAGAUUGGAAGUUACCAGCAGAAGUUGUGCAGAAAACACUGUGCACUAUUUGUGUGGAAUGCGUCUGCAAGCUUAACAUGCACUCGGAAGUGACGCACACAAUAAUGCAGCGCCUGCAGCGUGUCAAUGAUGUGCGAACGAGUCCGGCCAGUAAGCAAGACAAGCCAGCAAGCUCGGAGCAUGCAGCUGCCCAAUCGCGCAGCAACAGUUCCUUGUGCUCGGUUCUGCAGCCGUAUUCCGUGCAACCAGCCGAAUCUCCCAAAGCCAAUCGUGGCAACAACUUGGAUGGCUGGAAAUGGCGUACGCGACUUGUGUGUCAAUAUUGUGAGCGCGCCUAUUUUCGCAAGGAUCUGUAUUCGUUGCAUGUGCGUCGCUGCUGGCGUCAUCAUACGCAGCGGCGCCCCCAAAAGUGUCGUGUGCUCAAUGAAGCUAGUCAUCAUGAUGACGCAACAAACGCUGGCAAACUGUUUACGCGCUCCUUUCAAUGUAAACACUGUGAUAUGGAAUUCACAGGAGUGCUGGAAAUGCGCCAGCAUCAGCGAGCUGUGCAUCAGCUGCAACAUCGCUGCAGUGUCUGUGAGGCAAGCUUUGGCACCAAAUACGAGUGGGACAUGCAUCACACUAUAUGCAGCGCAAAGCAGGAGGCACUUAAAACGCAGCAAGAGCCAACGCAGUCGAGAUCAACGCGUGCACGCUCGCGCGCAUGUUCAUCCGCUUGGCACAAUGGUGAGCUAGCCGAUGAGGAGGAUGAAGAUGACGAGGACGAUGCAGCUGACUCGCAAUACGAUGAACAGGAUGAUGUAUCUGUGGCAAGCACCAAUUACAAACGUCGCAUGAACUUUACCGGCGACUGGAUUGUUAAUCACAGUCGCAGCAAUAGCAACAGCGCCCUAAAUCUAACAAUGAUGUAUGAUGACUAUGUGCUGGAGGAGACGCAAAUAACCACCGACAAGGAGUACGAUCUUUAUUUGCUGGAUUUGCUGAAAACGCAGGUGCAGCUAAAGGCGUUCACUUGCUUUGUGCCCAACUGUCGCUAUCAAACGAACACACUGGUGGAUCUGAUGAAACACGACUAUAUACAUCACUGGAAAAUGAGCUGGUUCUACUGCAACAAGUGCGGCGAUGUGUUUACCAGCAAAGUGUUUCUGGACUAUCAUUUGCAUCGGCAGAAUCGCGGCGUUUAUAUAUGCCACAAAUGCUACGAUGAGUUUGAGUUUCAGCAUCAAUUGGACAGACAUCAGCUGCUGCAUAGCAAGGGCAUUAACUAUUAUUGCAAAUAUUGUCGCCUGGAGUUUCUGAGCGAGGCCAAGCUGCUGGCCCACUGUGAGCAUGAGCGUCAUAGUCCCAACGAUGAGCCGCCGCAAAUACAUAUAGAUCAUGCAAUAUCCAUAAGCAAUACUGUGCCUGCGCCAGCGGCACAGCUAAGAAAGUAUACAGCGCGUAUACUCAAUUUGCCGCAAAGGCCUUGGAUAUCAAAGCGACCCAUGGUGCUGCCCAAUCACAAGCCCUAUCGCUUUGCCAUUGGCAUUUGUGAAUUCGACAAUCGUCAGCUGCCCAAUUGUGUGAGCUGCACUUGAGUAGGCUCAACUAGUUUAGGUUUAGUUUAAGGUUUUAAAUGAAAGCUUUGCGCUUUGUGUAUUUUAAUAUGUAUCUUCAGUCAUUGUUUAUUUCUUUUGCAUUAUUACAUACCGAAAAUGUUAGCUAAGCCUAGACAAUUGUUGCAUUACAUGAAAUGUUUUAAAAUUAACACUAGAGCUUCUCAAUAACGGCAAAAUACUUAG